AUGAACGAUUUCGACAAUUAUUCCACCCAAGAGCUUCGACUUUUAGCGGAAACGCCAUACGUAAGCGCUGCUUCUGUUUGCUCACCGUUUCACGACGAGGUUAGCAAGUUUUCAUGCCUUUGUUCUGCUCCGAUCUUUUAUGGAUCUCGCAGUUGCUUUUUCUUGACAUUCAGUCAUCUACUUCAGGAGAGCUCGAAAGAAUGCCCAAGAGGAGGUUUUGUGGACAGUGAGGAUCUUCGAAACCACCAAUCUCGAGUGGAAGAUAUUGUGUUGACGGAGAGCGGAGAUAUUUCCAAAACUGCGGCUUUAAAUGUACGCGAUGCAGCUUCUAGAGGAGGUCGCGAUGAAGCUCUGUCUGUUUUGCAAAAGUUGCUCCGUGGCAAUUACGAGUCGCUCGAGCAAGCUGGCAGUAAAAAAAUGCUAAUUCCCCGUUGGUUUGGCACUUCUCGAGGUAGGGUUUAAUUCGAAUAAUUUUUUUUGCUUCGUUUUUCUUUUCGAAUUACCGUAGACUGCGCUUUUCUGAUUGCAAAUUCGCUGCCUGCUCUAUAGCGCACUUUUUCAUUGUAUGUAUGAAAAUCUACUAAAAGCACUUUUUCAAAUAUUUUUUGCAAGUCUUUGACCUUAGCGAAAGAGAUUUGUGGUCAGCAGUUGAGCAAGCAAAAUCGGAAAAAAAAAAGUUUCAAAAUGCAUUCAGCAUAAGAUUUUUAGACACUGAGGUUGCUUUGUUUGAGCACAUACUAUCUGUUCCGAGGGCGAGACCGAGGCUAUGCGGCUUCCCCGCUUCUCAUCUAGAAGAAGAGGACAUUGUCAACCUCAUUCAUGUAACCUAUUUUCCUAUCAAAUUGUCAUGUCGCUGUGUAGAAUGCGGUUUCUCCGAAUGUCGAACUUCCUUCCGUUCAGACGACUGUCAGGAUCUCGAUCAAAACGGAUAUGUCUUUUUCAGAACUAGUCGAGUCAGUUUUCUUGUCAAUUUCAUUUCAACAAACGCAGCUUCAGACAAUUGGACACGUUAUGUGCAGCUCGUGAAGAUUUUUAUAUCGAGAAUAGCGAAAUAGUUGCCUUUCUCUACACACCGCCAAAUUUAAAGGCGAGUCAUAAAAUAUAUAUUCUGGUUAAAGUCUUUGUGAAUGUGUGCGCAAAAGCGUGGCCUAGAAGGUGAUUGAAAACAGACUUUGCGCCGAUUCCAAAUUCAUACUUUGAACUCUCGAGCAAAAACUUAAAAAAUAGACUGCGCUCUCCACGAAUCAGGCACCGUCUCUUCUCUUAUCUCGUCAGUACCCUUUUUUCGAUGUCUCAAACCAGCCGUGAAUCAGCUAAAAAGGGAAUAAUGAAAAUUUGACGUGUCUCACCGGAACUCAAGAGAGCUUAAGAUGAAUCGGUCCCAAAGUGUUAAAAUCGUAUUUUUCAGGAGCGAAAAUCUUUUAAGACCGCUGACUAUCACGCGUAUGCCGAGCUGGAGUCGCUACUAGAGGAGCCGCACCAUUUGAUGUUGUGCCAGGCGACAGUAACCUGCUCCCUAAAAGGCCGCCCUUACCUCCAAGUCUGCCUCAGCCACACCAACGCCGUCAAAGAGAUUGAAGGUCCACGUUUCAGAGUUCGUUUCCUCUUUUUCAGUUCUUUUCACACUUUUAGGAUUCGUUGAGUAGGAUGUAUAAGCGAGAGUCAGUAAAGUAUUUUUCCUUUACGUGAUAGUAGAGUUCUUUUAUGGCAGAUUACAAAACUAAUAUUUUUGAAGAAGAUGACUUUGGAGCAAAUCGCUCGGAGACCAGGCCGUAGAGUCACAAUCGAUGAGUCGACCAAUAAGGUGUUUGAGUAUGAACUCCCUGAAGAUGUAAGAAUAAAGGGAAGACGAGUCCAUAGUUCGUAUAUUCAGGCGCGAAUGAUUCCUCUGAAGCUGGCGGUAGUGCCCUCGGGCGAUCUCAUCGAGUAUCUCUCGAAGUCUGCUCUCGGCCAGUCUUCUCUUUGA